CGUGCGAUGUGCGAUGGCCUUUAAGUUGUUAAAAAUGGCGUUUGCUGGUAAGGACGCUUCGCCUCUGUGGCACAAUGGGCCGACUCCUGGUGCAUUUUAUCACUUUCCCGGCAGCGAGUACGGCACCGGUGGAUUCCAGAAAUCACAGUCUCCUAUAACAACUGGCACAUCUGUCAUUGGCAUACAAUUCAAAGAUGGAAUUGUUAUAGCGGCAGACGUCCUAGGAUCUUACGGAUCGCUCGCUCGUUACAGAAAUCUGGAACGUCUUAUGAAAGUUAAUGAUAACAUCAUCCUUGGUGCGUCCGGAGAUUAUGCGGAUUUUCAGUGCAUCAAGAGCUAUGUGGAAAAAAAGAUUCUCGAGGAGCAAUGCUUGGAUGAUGGAUUUAGUUUAAAGCCAAAGGCAUUGCAUUGCUGGCUAACGCGUGUCAUGUAUAAUAGACGAUCAAAUUUCGAUCCGUUUUGGAACAAUUUUAUUAUUGCUGGUUUGGAAAAUGGAGAACCAUUUUUAGGAACUGUGGAUAAGCUUGGGACAGCUUACAACGAUCCUGUUAUCGCGACUGGAUACGGUGCUUACAUGGCAACGCCUAUAUUGAGAAAAGCUUACGAGGAUAAUAAUCAAAUGAAUAAGGAGGAAGCUAUCGAACUUCUGUACAAAGUAAUGCAAGUUCUUUUCUACAGAGACGCAAGAUCUUUCCCAAAGUAUCAUCUUGGGAUUGUCACAAAAGAGAACGGAGUCGAAAUACAAGGACCGCUAACUUUAGACAGUUAUUGGGGACCUGCUGUUUUGUAAAAAAUUAUGUUUUCUUAUUCCUUUAAAAUAAGUUAUAAUAAAAGCGUCCAUGGUGAAGAUCGAUUCUCUCUUGAUGAAUAAAUUAAAACAAGUUUUCA